GGGUGUUAUAUGGUAUUUGUGAAGCCGAUUUAAAACGUUACAACACUGUUGUGAUGGUUGUAGCAAUCGUGACUGGCUGGAGUUCCUCGAAGUGAAAAUCCGAGUUGUGCCACUGCCAUCAGAGUAUGUUGUGGAAAUUAGAUUGUGAAACAGUUAGUAGUAGGCUUACUCUACUAUCUGUCUCCAGAAUUAGCUAUCUAAAGCCAGCGCCAAACAGGCUAAGGAUGCUUUGACUUGGGUAGAUUAGAUGCCUAUGAAGGAAGGGAGUGUGUUAUCAGAACAAGAGACAGUGGUGUCCGUAUUAAUCUCUAAUCCCAGUUUUGACGUUUCCAUUAGGUGUAGUGCUAAAUCUGCGACAGACGACAAGAUACGCAACUCUUCUCCGCACUGGAGAUGGAUGCAGGGCAAAGAUAUGAGUUGAAAUGCAGCAGACGAGCAGACUUUCCACAUCAAGGAUGUCAACAUGCAGAAUAUGAAAAUAUCCUGAUAUUUUGAACUACCUGCAAUCUUCACCAAUAUACUUUUCUCCUAAAGGACAACAUGAACAGAAGGACACACUGUAGUGAAGACAACCUAAAGCAAUAGAACAUUUAAAGGGAAAAAAAAGGAAAUGGACAAUUUAUGAAGAUGGUACUGUCUGCCUGCUUCUAGACCUGUGCAGUGUUGUACUCCGGUUUGUACAGUAAAUCUAGACCAAAUAGACUUGUAUUGCCACCAUUAAGUACCAGCAUAUUGCAAGUGUAAAGAAAAACAGCCAGAAGCAAGGAGUGAAUAGACUGUGAAGCUUUGUGGUUUGCAGAAUCCGCCCCUGAAGAUGCUCCAGACUAGUAACUACUCCCUGGUGCUGCUGAUCCAGCUGACACUGUUGGCCUAUGACCUCUUCGUCAACUCCUUCAGUGAACUCCUGAGGGCAGCGCCUGUCAUCCAACUAGUGCUUUUCAUCAUCCAGGACAUUGCCAUCUUGUUCAACGUGAUCAUCAUUCUGCUGAUGAUGUUCAACACCUACGUGUUCCAGGUUGGCCUGCUGUCCCUUCUGCUGGAGAGGUUCAGGGCUCUGCUGAUAUUGUCUGGUCUUUACCUGACGCUCAGCAUCUGCUUCCACUGCUGGGUGUUGAACCUUAGAUGGCUUGAGUCCAACAAUUUUGUUUGGACUGAUGGUCUUCAAGCUCUUUUUGUUUUCCAGAGAACAGUGGCAGUGUUGUAUUACUACUUAUACAAACGAACAGCAGAGUAUAUGGGAGACCCAAGGCUGUAUGAGGACUCUCUGUGGCUGCGGGAUGCCUUUGCCAGAUGUCGUCAGUGAAGAAGAGACAGUUUCUGUUCUUUUUUAAAGAUAAUUUUUGGGGCAUUUUAUACCUUUUAUUUGACAGGACAGACAAAGACAUGACGCAAAAGGCCCCAGGUUGGAGUUGAACCCAGGCCCACUGCAUCGCGGAGUAAACCUCUAUAUAUGGAUGCCCGUUCUACCAACUGAGCUAUCUGAGCACCCAGAAUAGACAAUUUUAAGAAUGACCUUAAAAUGCUUUGCCAAAAAAAGGCCCUUCUAACUCAUCAACUCGGAAUUUUUGACUAUUUUUCCAUUUAAAAAAAAUAAAAAUAAAAAAAUAGCUCUGGAUCUAGCCAAGUGUCAAACCAGUUUGUGUUUACUGGUUCUUUGUAGCCAAGAGGACAGACGUUUGUAUUUGAUUACAGUGGCAGGUAAACAAACCAUUUCAGUAUUGUAUUAAUUUAGGAAGAUUGUGUCUGUUAAUCUAUGUGGCCUUUGUAAAUCAAUUUGAGUUGCAGAUAGAAUGCAACAUAUUAGAAAUGUUCUGUUAUUCCCCUGCAAAGGAGGAAACCUGUGCUUUUACAUGGUCAAUGUAAUUUUAAAUACGCCAAUUUUCAUGUGUAUCCUGUUUUCUUUGAGUGGGGGAACUUUUUGAAUUGUGUUCCGGCUGUUUUAAUUAAAUAAUCCUUCUCUAAUCCCAGUGUCAUCCUUCAUCACAAGGGUAG